AUGGCCAACGACGAGCUGUCUGAAAAGCUGAGCCACUGCUUGCAAGUUGAGGAGCACAAUGGCAAAGCCAAGCAGCAGCCACAGCCGCCCAAGCACCACCUGGAGGCCAAGCCAGAGCCAGAGCUGCCAGUCUUGGACAGUGGCGCCAAUGGCAAGCUGAGCACCAAGUUGCAGUGGCGCACCAAGCUCAACGACCCUGCGCAGCUCUCGCCCAGCGGUGGCGCCUAG